UGCUUUUUUAUUUUCUUUUUUCAAUAACCAUAUAAUAUAAUUCAAAACAAAAAGAUAAGAUAAGAUACAGAACUUUCAACUUUUAAGAUUUAUAGCAUUAGGGACGUAAAAAUUGAGAAUUGAUACACUUGUGUAGGACACAAUACAAAUGACGGCAAUAAAAAGGUUUCUAGAGAUUUAGAAGAAGAAGAAGAAGAAGAAGAAGAAGAAGACGUCCCACGGGGACUAGGGUAUGGUCUGUGGUGUAUCUUUCAUAUAUAUAUGUGUGUGGGGUCGGUCACCUCUAUAUUUUAUAUAUUUUUUUAUUAUUUUUUAUAUAUGUGUGUGUAUAUAUAUAAUAUCACUCACUCUUUAUAAAUCUCAUCGCAUCGCCAUUUUUUGUUGGGUGAUUCAUUCCACAUCCAAAAUCAAAGCUAAGACACUCAAAAAUCUUGUGGGUUUAGAGAGAUACAUAUAUAUAGAAUAUUCAUAAACAACAUGGAUGCGCCGGAGUUUUCUCACGGCCGUAUUUCGCCGGCAGAGCUAAGGAGGAAGAUCACGGCGAAGCUUCUCCCUGGCCAAGACUCAGCAGCUCACCUUCGGAUUCUUCUCCAGUCAGCGACCGCGACGGAGCAGGACAAGCGAGCUCUUGCUACCAAGAUCUUGACUUCCAUCACCGAAGCGAUCUCCAUUCUGGAGUCCGCUGGCGAGGAGUUGAGCUGUCCUGAUCAUUCCCUUUGCUCCGAUCUAGAUUCCGGCGAAUCACGGCGGAGCAGGGCGGUUAAGGAUAAUCCAUCACGUGCCAACAAAAGAAGAAGAUCGAUGAACUCGAGAUCGGUUAGGACGUCGAGGACGACGGAAGAUAACUAUGGUUGGAGGAAGUACGGCCAAAAAGCUAUCCACAACACAACUUAUCCAAGGAGCUAUUAUAGAUGCACUCACAAGUUUGAUCAAGGUUGUCAAGCCACAAAGCAAGUACAGAGAAUGGAGGGUGAUGAUUCAGAAAUAAUGUACAAUAUCACCUACAUAUCUGACCACACAUGUCGCCGCCCUGCCUCUCCUAUCGAUGCCUCCGCCAUUACCACCCUCUCCGAUUCUUCCAACCUCAUAUCUUUCAGCUCCAUCGAUUGUAACGGUCCAUUCACCGAGGGUACUGGCUAUAGUUUGAUCUCCUGGCGGCCGAGUGAUGACGAUGUAGUGAAGAUAGGAGAGACAGCCACGACCAGUGGUUCCACAGAUGAUCAUGAGAUUGAUUUAUGGUCGGAUUUGAAGGAUUUUUUGGAGCUUCCAAACAACGGCUAUGACAACGACAACGAAGAAUCCAUACUAUUUCUCAACCGAAGAUGACGAUGCAGAUUCUUUCAUAUAUUGGGAAUUUUGAAGCUGCAUAUGUGUAUACAAAAGAAGCAAAAUAUAACACCUUAGUGAUGAUGGAACGUUUGAGGUUGAUGAGACCUUCAAAUUGUGUUUAGUAAUAAUUUUCUUUGAAUAUAUUUGUUUACAAUUGUUUGGUUUUGUAAAUUACUUCAAAAACUUUUUUGAAUAAUCACCUUAAUACUAUUUGAUAUAGCUUUUUAAACUUUCAA